GGAAAGGUCUACUAAAAUGUGGUAGGGAAGUUCCUCUGUGUUCUUGCACCCAAAAGUAAACAAAACGGAAAAGUUGUCCGCCGUCAACGAAAAUAUUUUCAGGCUUUACCUCCUGAACUACUUGCUGCAAGCAGAGUUUCUCUCGUUAUUGAUUGUUACAGCGGAUAAUGGCUGUUUGUGGUUCAAGAACUUCUCAUAUUGGCCAUUUUGUUGGUAAUAUGGCUGCUAGGCGCCUGCAUUAUGGAUUGGCGGUAAAUAAUAGUAGCGUCUCUAAUAGCAAUAGGAGCAUUGAGAAUGUUAGAAAAGCCAACAUUAGUUUGAGAAAUAAACGCCAACCUCACAACUUCAUGUUAUCUCAAUAUUUUAAAACUAGUGUUGCAAAGAGGAAGGGACAUGAAGGAUUUGGAUUAGAAGGUUUUCGCGUUUUAUCACUUGCACGUUUCUCUUCUGGAACUACUGCUCCCGGCAGCCUGUCUUCUGAUAAUACUAAGAAAAAGGAACAGACUGCAGAUACUGUUGAUUCUUCUGAGGGAAAGAUACACCUGAAGCUGAAUCCGGGGUCAUUUUAUCUGCCUCAUCCUGCGAAAGCAAAAACUGGUGGAGAGGAUGCUCAUUUCAUUCAUGAUCCUGCACAAGCUAUAGGUGUAGCUGAUGGGGUCGGUGGAUGGGCUGAUCUUGGUAUUGAUGCAGGGGAAUAUGCCCGUGAAUUAAUGUCUAACUGUAUGUCUGUGAUACAAGAGGAACCUAAGGAUUCCGUAGACCUUAUCAGGGUCCUGGAGAAAGCUUACAUGAGAACAAAAGCAAAAGGUUCUUCAACUGCUUGUAUCGUUGCACUCACUGAUGAAGGUCUUUAUGCCGUUAAUUUAGGAGACAGUGGAUUUAUGUUGGUUAGGCAUGGAUCUGCUAUAUUUAAAUCCCCUGUACAACAGCACGGUUUUAAUUUUCCCUAUCAACUGGAAGGCAGCACUGCUGGUGAUUCACCUAGCUUGGCCCAAGCAUUUAAAAUUACAGUAGCUCCAGGAGAUGUCUUAGUCGUUGGUACAGAUGGGCUUUUUGACAAUUUAUAUGAUGCAGAUAUCACGGAAGUUGUGGUUCAUGCUGUGGAAGCUGGCUUAGGGCCACAAAUGACAGCUAAAAAGAUAGCAGCAUUGGCACAGCAAAGAGCAAUGGACACAACUAAGCCGUCACCUUUCUCUGAUGCAGCCAAAGAGGCCGGAUUUGAGUACCACGGGGGGAAACUUGAUGACAUAACUGUAGUUGUUUCUUAUGUAACUAACAAUGCCAAUCCAUUGGCAGAUUGAGCCUCAAACUCUGAUGUUUUUGAAGUAGGACUGUGACUAGCAAUUCGCCUAGUGGUGCCUCCUUGAUCCGUCAAGUGUUUUAGUUCCUAGAUUUACAGUACGGAGGCAUGUCUAUAUGUUGUAUACGAUGUUGAUAUAUCGUUCUUGUUGAGAUUGAUGGAUACAAAGACACUGUUCUUUGAAAGUAA